UUUGUCGAAGAAAAACAGUUGCAACGACGUGUCAAUUCUUUAUUGAAGCUGGCCGCUUAGUUUCUUUCCCUGACGGGACCACUCAAACUCAGUGAACAACCAUGAUGAACAUAUUUAGGCUAGCGGGUGACAUGACUCACCUGCUAUCUAUCAUUGUUUUGUUGCUGAAAAUAAACGCGACGCGUUCAUGCCGCGGUGUAUCGCUCAAGACACAGGAGCUCUACGCUUUGGUGUUCGUGUGCCGGUACCUGGACCUGUUCACCAACUUCAUUUCAAUGUACAACACGGUUAUGAAGGUCAUCUUCCUGGCGUCGACCUUCACCAUCAUCUAUUGGAUGCGCUUCCACAAAGUUAUCCGCGUCACCUACGACCGGGAGCAGGAUACCUUCCGUUACCAGUUCCUUGUGCUUCCAUGCGCGGUGCUGGCGCUGGUGCUGAACAACGAGUUCACCGUUAUGGAGGUUCUUUGGACCUUCUCCAUCUACCUGGAGGCUGUCGCCAUCCUGCCUCAGCUGGUGCUGCUGCAGCGUACCAACAACAUCGACAACCUCACAGGAAACUACGUCUUCCUGCUCGGGUCGUACCGUGCGCUGUACAUCCUGAACUGGAUCUACCGCUUCCUGACGGAGCCCAACUACCGCCAGUACCUGGUUUGGGUCUCGGGCAUCGUACAAACCAUCAUCUACAUCGACUUCUUCUACUACUACAUCAAGAGCUGGCGGAACAACGAGAAGCUCUCACUGCCCGCCUAAGCAAGCGCCGGCGUGAAGUGCGUGUCCCCUUGGGGAGUACCCGCAAGUCAGGGAUUUCUUGGAUUCUUAGCAGUGGAGAUCCCAAGGGAGGUGACGGCGGGUCUCGCAUAGUGCGCUGCUCCUGGCAACUCCAGGGCAGCUUGUGGCUCCAGGCACAUCCCGGUUGGCUGCUUGGCCGGUCUGUAUUAGCGCGUUUUAGAGGACCGUGUCCUAUACUGGUACGCUUAGUAAAUGUGAUGCAAUGGAGUGUGGUGAGGUGGCCUCAUACCGGGAUGUGGGAGGAGUGACGGUUGUGUUGUCGUCCGUGGUGCGACCAAGGGGUUCAUUAGGCGGCGGCACUGAAUAGGGCAACCGGUUUCGUUGGUAGGGGCUUCCUUUCUUGCUGGUUCUCUGCACAGGCAAAAGCCAUAGCUGUGGCCUGUCCAAGUGCUUAGCUUAGUUUUCAACUUGUCGUGCUAGUUUCGCCCUUCUAUGCAGGGCUUUUGCUUAGUUCACGCAUCUUGUAGUCAGUGCAUGCGGGUGGCUCUUAUCCUGGCGUGCCUGACUUUUGCUCAGCAGGAAAGUACGAACACGCGUGAAUUGGUAUCUGUACACGUGGACGGUGUCUGGAGCUUCGGGUUGUCGUGAUAUUGGAGUGGUUGAGAUGGCGGAAUGAAAUUUUGGUUCGGAUUUGGUUACACCGACACUGAGAAGAGGCUUGUUCUUAAUGUAAAUUCUGGGUACUUUGCAGCAUAUGUGAAUGCGUAUGCAAAUCUACUUCGUCCUAGCUACCAUGC